UUCACUCAUUCCGCUUCCGGUCCCGCUUCCGGUUCCGGCGCGCGGGAAGAUGGCGGCGGCCGGUGCGGACGAGGAGGCGGCGGAGUGGACGCUGUCCGAGCUGGAGGUGCUGGAGGCGAUCUACGCGCGCGAGCUGCGCCUGGAGCGCGGCCGGGGCAGCUGGGAGCCCUGGGAGCUCAGCAUCACCCUGCACCCCGCCACGGCCCAGGACCAGGACUCCCAGUAUGUCUGCUUCACCCUAGUGCUCACCGUGCCACCUCAGUAUCCCAACAAAGCUCCGGAAAUCUCCAUCAGGAACCCGCGGGGGCUGUCAGAUGAGCAAAUUCAAAAGAUUUCCCAGAGCCUCAGAAGUGUUGCUGAAGCCAGGCUGGGGACAGAGAUGCUUUAUGAGCUGAUUGAGAAGGGGAAGGAGAUUCUCACUGACAACAACAUUCCUCAUGGCCAGUGUGUUAUCUGCCUCUAUGGAUUCCAGGAGAGAGAAGCUUUCACAAAGACCCAGUGCUACCACUACUUCCACUCCCACUGUCUGGCCCGCUACGCCCAGCACAUGGAAGAGAUGAUCCUCAUGCAGCAGGAAGAGAGAGAGCAGCACCUGGCGCCAUCCCCCAAACAGGAAGGCGGAGUGCAGUGCCCUGUCUGCCGGGAGACCCUGGUCUAUGAUCUCUGCGCUCUGAAGGCGGCACCACCCCCGCAGCACCCGCUGGAGCCGUACAGGCCAGAUGCCAAAACGCUGCAGCACCAGGAAGAACUGCGCUUAAUUUUCAAGAGACAGCAAGAGAAGGGGGGCAUCAUUGACCCCGAAGCCGAGAGGAACCGUUACUUCAUCAGCCUCCAGGCGUCUCCAGCUGCUGUUGAUCCGGGCCAAGCAGCUGCUGCUUCUGAGCCAUCAGUGAGUGUGAGCACUGUGGACGCACCCCAGUUGCCCAGCCGAGCCUCGGCUCCAGAGCCGGCCAGGGCAGAACCUGGGCAGCCAGAGAGGCCUGCUGUGCCCAGAGAGCACCAGAGCAAGAGGGAGAGGCACAGAGGGGACAGGCCAGGCCCCAGAGGCCACGGCAGGCAGUCAUGCAGUGGCUCGGAGGAACCAGCAGAGGAAGCUUGUCAUCCACCUCAUGGCUCCAAGGGACCCAGGGGCUUCAGCCGGAGACCAGAGCGGAGACCUGGUGGGAGGCACAGCCAGGAGUUUCCAAAGUCUCACAGCAGAAGCAGGGCUGCUGCCUUGGCUGAAAGAAAGGAGUUGUGCCCAGAAGACCCUGCACAGGUAGCAGAGGCUGUGGACUUGAAAGAGGAGCACCGUGAUGUGGAGAGAUGGAUCCCAGAGGAGGGGGCUGAGGCCCGGGGCAGGGAGAAGGAGAACCUAGUGUUCAGCCACAGCGACCACAGAGCAGCUCCCAGCUGGCAGGGCCACCACAGGCCCUGGGACUGUGGAAGGUGGGAGAGGUCCAGAGUCCAGGAGCGUGGUUCUUACCGCAGAGCACCAAGAGGGCGAGGGGUGUUCAGGCCCAGUGGACAUCGAGAAGCCCAUUUUGUUGAGAAAGAGAGUGGCUCCUAGCAGGAGUGGUGAGGGGCCAGGCUGGGCAGGGGAGGGAGGGGCUGUUUCUGGGUAGAACAUUGAAGGCUCUGGUGGAGCAGUAGCAAGCAGACAUCAUAGCCCUUGGGAGGGAGGAGGUGGCCUGUGGGACAGCUUGGGACAGGCAGUGUCUUCAGAGUAUGAGCAGAGUGAAGCAUCCUGGGUGUGAGUGACUGGCUGUCAUAAGUGUUGAAGAAGCUUACUCCUGACAGAUCAUGUCAACCUUGGUUUCGGAGGACCCAGGGAGCAGAGGAAGCCUGGACUGGUGACCUGCAGCCAUCAUGCAUGUAUGUCAGCUGCCAAGAAACAUGCCUAACUACAGAUGAAAGGGACUGAGCCUAGUGUGGUGCCAUAGCAGAGACAGAGUUGUGCCAGGCCUUUCCCUGGAAGCCAGCAACCCAGGAGCCGUGGUGGCGCCAAAGGAUGAGGCUGUGCCAGAGCAGCAACUGGAGCUCAGCUUGCUGUGUCCCCCUGUGUUUCCGGAGCACCUUCUCAACUGCUGUUCUUUUCCCCUGGAGACAACAUGACCAUGAUUAGUGUUCAGCUGAUGGGCUCAGCCAGGCAAGUCUUUUGUACAACAGGGCAUUUCCCAGUCCCAGCCAGGAGAGCUAAACUAAGGUUAAGUCAACGCAUUGGCAAGUCAGGGCCUUGUGGUGGCUGAGAAUUCACAUUGGUUCCUGCUUCUCCAGGAAGCCUGAAUUUAGCUGGAGCUCCUUCAGCUGCCUUUGUGCAGGCAGAAACUGAUGGGGGAGGCCUGGGAAGAGAACUCUGCUAUGUGACCUCUAUGCCCAGGCUGCCUCUUGGAGCUUCCAACAGCCCAGAGUUAAAACAUGCCCCAAUAGUGUGGACACUCUUACCCUCCUUUUGUCCUCAAGAUGAUCUUGCUUCAAAGAAAUGAGCAUUUGCUGCUUAAACUAACUUGGUGCAGUUCCUUCUGCUGCUGCUUUACAGAAUUGAACAGUGUCCCACUCCAGAGCCAUAACAGAUGAUCCUAAGCCUCUGAAGUGUGAUACUGCUAUUAAAUUAAUUUGUUGGGUGUUCUCCGGAGCCUGCUCCCUUUGUUUUCUCUGUCCUCUUGCUCCUGUUUUUUGCUGUCUGGGCAAAGGUGUUGAUCUGUAGUAUUGCUCACUCCCCUCCCUGCUUGCUACACCCGGGGCUGGGGCAGAGACCAUUCCCUAGCACUCCUGGGUGGCAGGAGGCACCCCGGUCCCUGCUUUGCCUCCGUGUAAGCUGUCUGAGACACCCAGACAGUACUGAUUCCUUCACACUUGUUUGUGACUUGUGCCCCCACCUGUUUUUUUUUGUCACAUGUGGGUAGUUGUGGUCUUCCUCCUCCUGCUGAGGGCAAAGAUGGCUGUGCUGCGAUAGGCUUACCAGACCUUAAGGUGAGAGCUGUAGGAAACCAAGGGCUGUGUGUUGUCUGGGAGGGCCUUUGAGCUGUCUGUCUGCCUGGCUGAUCCUUUGGCACGUGAAGGUUGCAAAAAAGGUGGCUCUUGAAUGGGUCCUCCUCACUGCUGCCCUGCUCUCUCCAUGCAGGGCCUUGUCCUGAUGGAGUUGGUUUAACCUGUUCCCCAAGAAUGUUCCAUGCUUACAAUUCCAACACUGGCCUAUUUUCAACCCCAAUGCUCUAAAAGCUUUUUUUUUUACCCCUCCUACGCUACCUGAGCUUGUGGAUUGGAGAACCAGAAGCUGUGCCCUGCUGCAGACAAGGACUGAGCACUCGCUCCCUGAAGAGAGCCCUGAUUUUUCUUCCGUGCUGGCUCUGUCCUUGUCCCAGCUGGUUCCUGGGUGAACGGCCUGCUGCGCUUGGGUGAAAAGCUGUAAACUUCAUCUGACAUUGGUGCUCAUUCUGCUGCCUCCUGCCAUCAGUUGUGAAAUCACUGUGCUCCAAGAAAGGCAUUCGAUCGUGUCCCAAAAGAAGAACAAUGUUUGCCCCUCACAGCAGCUGAAGUUGAAGCUCCUUGGCAUCCUCCAGUAAGCCAGGCUAACUCUCGGCUAAAACUGCUGUGGAUGGUGUUCAGAGCAUGGGAAUUCAGCCAUGGAAAUUGGUGUGACCGAGGACUUGGGUACCUUCAAUCAAAUGCCAGACAUAUUAGAGGGCAGGGAUUUUCCUGGCAGUAGGGAUUUAGGAAGGGUCCUCACUUCUGCUGUCAGCCUGGAGCAAAAGAUGUUUUACUUGAAAUUAAUUUGAGCUAAACAAAACAAGCUUCCCAGUUGAAGGAGAGGAACAGAACCCACACCCUGCCCUGGGGCUCCUCACGUGGUGUCCACCUGUGUCACCCACCUACCUCACAGGGCUAUUGUGAGGCUUAACUGGCAGAAACACUUGGACUGGGCUGAAGGG